AUGCCUAUGAAACGACCUAUCGGAGACACAAACGCCGAUCAAUACGACAACGCCCUCCACCGCCCAAAGCGCCUUAGAACUUGGGCCACUAUUCCAACGAGCGAUGCUGUCAGACAAAUGGAGGGUGCCAGAAGCACUAUGGAGAAGGAGGAAGAUGAGGAAGUGGAAGAACAGAAGAAGGAGUCUACUGUCAACGAGAAGAGCUGUCCUGAAGCCUCCCAGGAAAGCACGGCGGUAUUCGUCGACGCUGCAAAGCAGAGUAUCAGGCACAGGUCUGGAGAUCGGCCAGUCCUCGCUUCAGAUGAACCCCCCUCUGCUGAACUCGCGAAAACGCCGAAGCGCGUCCACUUCUUUCCGAUCACCGAAAUCUACAAAACCCCAUAUCAGAAGCACGGCGAUACGUUCGAUGGUACCGGUGAGGACUGGAUGUGGGGUGACACUCUGCGCAUAGAUCAGAAGAAGCUGGAGAUUAUGGUCACAGGGCUAAUGGGAUCUACGGACGAUCCUGAAGUCACCUACAAUCUCGAAUAUCGUGACUAUGGCUCAAAGUAUACUGUAUACAAGCUAUGCAACAACGAGAAGGCUGUCGUGGUGAAGGUGCCAGGCGCGGGCUGGAAGGGUCGAUGGACGAAGGAGAGAGCGGCGCUCCUGCGGUCCGAGGUAGCAACAAUGCAGUACGUCAAGAAUAACACCAGCAUUCCGGUGCCGGAGGUGUAUUGCUGGGAGACUUCGUUGGAUCGUAGCGAGAUAGGCGUACCAUACAUCCUUAUGGAUUUCGUGGAAGGAGUCCGAGGCGACGAAGUGUUGAAUGGGGCCCCGGAGAGAAAAGUAAUGAAGGCAGGAAAGAGGUGGCCUACAUAUCUUACCAGCAAGAGAAAUGACCGUAAGGCGGGGCUCAGGAUGUUAGGGGGAUUUGAAGCCGUCGCAGAAGUGCUGGGCAAGUUGACUUCGCGGCGGUCGAACAGAGUCGGUAUGGUCACUGCGCAGACAGGGCAGACGGCAGCGUAUAUCUCGAUCACUGAAUCUUUAGACGAAGAAAGAAAGCCUCGUGACUUCAGUAGAGAGAUUCAUCUUCCUAUCACCGAGCUUGCUCGUCUCAUCGACAAAACAAAUGAAGGCAUUGAGUCCUUGGGUACAACAGCAAUCGACAGUUUCCUUCACAUGUCGUUGGAGAGUAUGCCACUACACGUAGCACGGAACAUAACGAGAUCUAAGGAAGAACCUUCGUUCGUACUCACGAUCCCUGGCUUCAAUGCCAGCAAUGUCUUUUUCGUCAAUGACAACGGGAAAAUCCAGAUCAGUGGGGUAGUUGGGUGGCAUAAUGCCCAUUAUGCACCACUUUGGGCAGGGCUUACCACCUUGUUACCUGACUUCAAAGAUGAGAACGACUGCACGGUAAAUAACCACAGCUCAAAGCACGUUGACCGUUUCAAAAAUGUCUACAAUAGUGUAAUGAAGAAUACUCCGGUAGAAUUUAAAAAGUAUUUGUCGAACCUGGACAACUACAAAGAGCUAUACCACGCCUUGUUGUCUCCAAGUGGGAGCUAUGAGCGGCGUUGCUUUGCAACCAACAUGCUUCAGCGACACUUCCGGGGCAUACUGGUGCCAGAGCGGCUGUUCCAAUUCCUAGACCAACAGCACCAGACAUCUCUCCACGAGGUCCUGAAGAAGAAAUUGCGUUGGCUUGUCCGGCACUAUUUGGAGGUCGAUAAAGAGUUCUGGGCACUCAGUCUCUCUACUUUCAAGAGAGAUGAGGAGGUGGAACAGAGCAUUGAGCGCGAGAUCAUACGAGAUUACACCCAAGGUCGUAUCAGGAGACAACAGAAAAGUCAAGCGAGAGCGGAGGCAAGAAACCCCAAAGGAGAUACUAGUACCGCAGCCAGUAGACUUGAGGGAGGAACAGAAGAAGUUAUUGACGACAGCCUAGGCUCUGAAAUAUAUGACUUUGGAGAGCCUAAUCUCGGGUAUAUAAGCUUUGGGACACUCCCGGUAGAAGAUGUCGACUUCGAGGAGAGUCCUUCCACCAAAGCAAGCAUCGACGAAGCCAGUAUCGGCAAAGAUUAA